GUUGAACAAAGGCGCAUGCGCAUAACCUAAAACAUAACCUCAUACUUUUUUAUUUUUAUUAUGUAAAUAGUGAUGAUAAACAAUUUUAAUGUAGUGAUAACAGUGAUAAGACCAAUACAAUGGCCGGGAGUUUGGUUGGGAAAUUGGCUUUUGUGACAGGGGCUGGGUCGGGCAUUGGCCGGGCCACUUGUGGCAUUUUGGCCCGAGAAGGGGCUUCGGUGAUAGCAGCAGAUCGAAAUCUAACCAGUUGUAAGGACACUGUGACCAGCAUUGCUAAAGGGGGCUCCCAAAGUCACACCUCUUUAGAGCUAGAUGUAGGGGAGCAGAAAAGCAUUGAAAGUGCCUUAAAAUCAGUCCUCCAAGAGUACAAAAAACCACCUUCAAUCAUCGUCAAUUCUGCUGGUAUCACACGUGAUGAUUUUUUGGUAAAACUGACUGAAAAUAAUUUUGACGAUGUUAUCAGAAUUAAUUUAAAAGGCACGUUUAUGGUCAUUCAGACUUUCGCCAAGGCUAUAAUCGAGCAGGGGGUACAAGGGGGCUCCAUUAUAAACAUUGCCAGUACUUCGGGCAAAUAUGGAAAUUUGGGACAGGCCAAUUACAGUGCGAGUAAGGCCGGGGUUGAAGGUUUGACUAAAACAGCAGCUAAGGAAUUUGGGAAAUUUGGGAUUAGGGUGAAUUGUGUUUUACCAGGGAUGAUAGCAACACCUAUGACAGACGCAGUCCCUGAUAAAGUUAAGGAGAAGAGUCUUAAAUUUAUUCCUUUGGGCCGAUUUGGCAAACCUGAGGAGGUGGGCGAAGUUAUUGCGUUUUUGGCUUCCGAUAAAAGCUCCUAUGUUGAUGGGGCUACUAUUGACAUCACUGGGGGAAUUUAAACUGGUGUAAUUCAGUUGUUAUAAUACUAUACAGUUGUAUAUUUUUUUUUAUAAAUGUAUAAGCUUUA